AUGUUGGGCACAAUAUUUAAAAGAUUGUCUUUUGAGGCCUUGCCUUGUACAUGUGCUGCAGAAACUAGUGGUGUUUUUGUUUACACGCUGGAGGAAUUGCUUAAGGAAGAAUUUCUGGAUGAAGCCAUAGCUGUGUCUUCGGAUCCUCAAAGAAAACACUUCUACUACUGCGAAAUCUGCCCACUGCAGAAUGACCGGCAACAGAAUCUUGGGAAAAUAAAACGAUGCAAGGGCCAUUUAAGUAGGAAAUUUGUAAAAGAGUGUUGGAGUGAAUGUGGAUGCAAUAAGAAGUGUGGAAAUCGUGUUGUCCAACGAGGGAUACAAGAACUUUAUGAGCGAAACAAUGAAAGGGCUGCUAAGAAGGAGAGGCAUUCUUAUCCAGCGCUGCUGGAUGCAGACUUGGGCUCUGAAAGGACACUGGAAGGUGAAGAGGCCCUUUGCUUGGAUGCAACGGAAUUUGGAAACAUUGGCAGGUUUAUCAAUCACAGGUACUUCCAUAGCCCUCUUCUUGCUUUUUUCGCAACUAGAGAGAUUGAGCCGAUGGAAGAGUUGACAUGGGAUUAUGGUAUUCAGUUUGAUGAUAACUAUCAUCAAUUUAAAGCAUUCAAGUGCAAAUGUGGAAGCAUGCGCUGCCAUGACAAGAAAAGGAAGGAAAUUAUCAUGAAGAUCUCUGAAUCGAAUAUGUAUGUUAUGGUAGCCUAA